AUGCAAAUGACUUUCAGUUUUGCUGGAUAUAAAUACAAGAAGAAGCAAUGUUUUGUGUUUUCUUACUGUUAUUCACUCUAACCGGCAGAUUCCCGGGUGCAUAUAGUUUUCAAGAAACUAGAGGUGUUCACGACAGCAUGAUCACCAAAGUCAUGCCUAAGACCAUGAAAGCUGUUGGCCUUUACAAGUACCUGCCGAUUGCAGAAACCGAGAGCCUCUUAAAUUUGGAGGUUCCCAUUCCAACCUUGAGAAGUACUGAUCUGUUGGUAGAAGUUAAAGCAACAGCUGUUAACCCUAUAGAUACAAAACAGCGGGCACCUAAGCCAGUUCCUCCUGCACAACAAUUUGAACAAUUUCCUCGAAUUUUAGGCUGGGAUGGUGCAGGUAUAAUUGCAUCUAAAGGUGAAAAUACUAAAUAUUUCAAUGUUGGUGAUGAAGUCUUUUUCACUGCCGACUUGAGAAGAAAUGGAUCUAAUGCUCAAUAUGUUGCCAUAGAUGAAGUUAUGGUUGGAGUUAAACCAAAAAACUUUACAUUUGAACAAGCCGCUGCAAUGCCUUUGACUACUGUCACGGCCUAUGAGUCUUUGUAUGAUCGGCUGCUGCUCUCGGAAAACGAUAAAGGGAAAACUUUAUUAAUUAUUAACAGUGGUGGCGGUGUUGGUUCUGUGGCAUCUCAGUUAGCUAAGAACCUAGGACUGAAGGUUAUUGGCACUGCUGCCCGGCCUGAGACGGAAGCUUUCAGUCUUCAGCAUGGAGUAGACAUUGUCCUUAAUCAUACCAAAGAUUUAUUGCCUCAAUUGGAAGCACAUGGAUAUGGGAAUGGAGUGGAAUUUAUACUGGUUAAUUAUGACCCAUAUCCCUAUUGGAACACCAUAAUGGCGGCUGCUAAGCCCCAGGGCAGGAUUUGCCUCAUUGUGGACAGCAGUGGUUUGGUUGACAUAAGGCAACUUAAAGAUAAGAGUCUUACUCUCGUCUCUGAAAUGAUGGCAACAAGAAUUAAGUAUGAUACAGAGGACAAGAACAGAUAUCAUGAAAUCUUUGAGGAUGUAACCAGAAUGUUCGAAGCAGGUGUAUUAAAAUCAACAUUGACUAAAACUAUGUCACCAAUUAAUGCUGAAAACCUUAGAGAGGCCCAUAGGCUUUUAGAAGAGAAGAAAGUCAUUGGAAAGAUUGUCCUCAGUGGAUUUUAAACUUAUUUUUCUCAAACAUGCAAUGAAAUAUCGUCCUUAUGUGCGUCAAAACAGGCUUCAAAGUAUCACGUUUCGGGCGGAGCAACUCGAGAGAACUGUAAAGGAAUUUCAUACGAAAUUGAAGGCCUAGACCGGGAAGUAUUUUUUUUUAAAUUUUAAUGUAAACAUGGCGUCUGUGUUCAUGAACAGGCUAAACAGCUGAAUUAUAUUUUUAAAUUUUUUCCUAGUGGCUGAAUGGUUAUCGGACCAAAAAUAUCCGCGUUAACGCCUAUUACACACGAACUGAUAUUAAGAAUACUAAUCUGUAUAGCCCGCUACAUACUACACGG